AUGUUUGGUGGACAAAAUGAAUCUGUGGUAAACAGUGGAAAUUUUAAAGAAAUCUUGAAAUUUAGAGUUGAUUCUGGUGAUCAGGUGCUUGAAAAUCAUUUAAGAACAUCUYAUUCUAGUGCAACGUACAUCAGUAAUGUCAUUCAAAUGAUUAUUGAAUGUUGUCGACAGGAAAUUUUAGAAGUUAUUAUGUUAGAAGUAAAUGAAGCCAAAUAUUAUAGUGUUAUAUUUGAUGAAACAACAGACAUCUCUAAUGCUUCCCAAAUUACAUUAAAUAUCCGUUACAUUUAUAAUGAUAAAGUUCUGGAAAGGUUUAUAGGUUUUAUAGAUUUCCAUAAAUAUAUAUUURACAAAGAAAAGGGACAUUUGUCAGAUAUUAACGAGGAAGAUGAAAGUGUUAGUAAUGAAAAGCAUCCUGAGCCGAAAAUUACAGGAGAACUUUUAGGAGAAACUGUUAUAAAUCUAUUAAAAGAUUUUGGAUUCAAUUUAGAUGCAUGUGUUGGUAUUGGGACUGAUGGAUGUUCAGUCAUGGUAUCCACAGCUCGAGGURCAGUACAACAAAUUCAAAAGUAUGCAAAAAAUGCCAUUCACUGCCCAUGCUCAAAUCAUGCUCUAAAUUUAAGUAUUUCAAAGUCAUCUACGGUGCAAUAUGUUCGUAAGUGCAUAGGAGUUAUUAAAGAAGUAAUUUCAUUUUUUCAUGUCUCCGCUAUACGUAAUUUCGUACUUAAAAAUAAAUUGUCACAUCGAGCCACUCUUUCUGGGUUGUGUGAAACCCGUUGGAUAGAAAGGCACGAUAGUGUUCUACAGWUCAAAAAUUCCAUAUUAGAAAUAGUAGAUGCACUAAUUGAAAUUUCACAAUGGGAAGACAAUAUUUCUUCAACCAAAUCCAACAUAUUAGUAUCUGCUAUUUGUAACUGUGAUUUUAUUUUGUCAAUAUUUGUAUUAUCUAGUACAUUAAGUGUAACAUUUCCUAUCAAAACCAUAAGAACUGUAGAAAUGCAUAAAAACUAUAUUGAUCAAGAGAUAUUGAAACCAAUGACAUUUUUUACUGCAAAUGCCGAUUUCGAGAAGAAAAAAAAACUAAACAAAAACAUUAAUUUAAUUCCUUAA